AUGGACUCAGGAAAAAGCCAGCAACAUAGAGUUGGAGAAAGCACUAAUAACCAAGAUGGGAAGUAUUGCAAACCAACAUAUCCAUUAUCAGUGACUAACCCAGGUGUAUAUGGCAAAAUUUUGGGUGUUCUUCUCUUUAUCCAAUUUAGCUUAAACUUAAAUCUUCAAAUGACGUCGCCAGGAGAUUUCCUUCAACGUGUUGUUGUCAUCACAAGCCAAUUUCUAACAUGCAUAACAUCUUUUAACUACAUGGGGCUCAUAAUAUAUAAUAAAGAAGCACCUAACACAUCUAUCAUUAAGAUGGAUUCACUUGUACGGUCCACAUUUGUUGUGGGUUAUAUAUAUACGGGUACAACACUACUUUAUAGGCAUGGGAUUUUGGAGGGUUUAUCCCCAUUUCUGACUAAAUUUUUAAGAACUUUAGUGAGACUUUUGAUUAAGUGCAUAGCUGAAGUACUUACAAAUUAUUGA